UUUAUUACUUGAGAUUAAAAAUGAAACAGAACCAGUAGGCAAAUAAACCCCUUAAACCCUAGCGCCCAAAUUGCAGCUGUAACGGACUGCUGCUCGUCGCUUUCUCCAUCAGUCGCUUAUCUUGAUUUUCAGGUGUUAGCAAUCUUGCCAUGUCUUUGCUUGAGGUGAUCACAAACGCUUCAGCUAGGUCUGAACAAGUUGCAACACAAUCCGAAUAUCCAAUAAUUUUAAACGCAGAUGAUACUUUUCUUAAAUUGAAGCCGGAACUUGAAAGUGUGGAUCCUACAUCACUUGCUGUUCCGGUUAGCGGAUGGAAACUCUCGCAAACUGAUGCUCAACUCAUUGAAUCAGGCAAAAAAUUCUACACUAAGCUGAAGCGAAAGCUCAAAGACACCAAUAAUUUCAAUAAGGAUGAAUUUGUUGGAAUUUUGAUUACAUUCCUUGAGAAACUUGGAGAGAAGUUUGGGAUUUCAGUUGGGGUUGAUUCCUCAGAUGAUGGUUAUACUCAGAUCUUGGUUGAGAAGGUGGGGUUCUUAAUGAGUCAAAAUGUGGGCGGUUUAGUUUUGGAAGCAUGUAUUAAUUUAGAGAUCUGGGAUUUGGUGGAGGCCUUGAUUCUUAAAGGGAUUGUUCACCAUUCUCAUUAUUCAAAUUUGGUUACAAGUCUUGCAAUGAAAAAGAGGUCAGAUUUACUUUGUCUGAGUAUUAAACAUGCUUCGGAUCUUGGAUUGACUGAGGUACUUUGUAUUUUGAAAUAUUUUCUUUGUCCAUCGAAGGAAGCGUAUGACAGUAUGGUGAAUGUGAGGAAGGAAUGGGAGAGCCAAGCAUUGUUAGCUGUUGAAAAGGUGAGAGACAAAAAUCUCUCAGAUAAGAAAUCACAUUUAGCUAAGGACGCUUCAGUUUUGCUUAUGCUUGCACAUGAUGGGUUCUCAACGACUGAGCUUUGUUUGCAUUAUCUGUUUGCAUCAUCGCAUGUUGAUGAAGUUAUUUUCGCAUCUUCAAUUGGUAAAUUGAAUGGUAAAGAGAUGAUGAGAUUGAUUAAAUAUCUUGGUAAAUGGUUGAAGAAAUAUGAAAUGUUUCCUCAGGCAUGUCCAUGUCCUAAGGCUUCAUCUCUGCUGGGAUUGGAAGCUUGUGAUUGGGUUCCUAAACUUGAAGACAUUGUUAAAUGUCUCAGUUUGGUACUUGACGAAAACUUCACUUCGCUGGUAUUGCAUCCAGAGUUUCAUGAAGAGCUGACAUCAAUUGAGGAAUUGGUUGGUUCUUUAGCUAAAGAAGCCAAAAUUUGUUCUUCUAUUUCAAUUGUAAUUGAGAAUUUGAAUACUGCAGCUGAAGUUGAAAAGAAUUAGGAGUUAUCACCAAUGGUUUGUUUAUAAUUCAUGUUGCAUCUGCAAAUUUUGGUCUAAUCUUAUAAGGAUUGUACCUGUGAUCGAGGCGCAGGGUUAUGGUCAAUGUCCAUUCAAUAACUUCUUAUGAUUUUGACCAGGUGGCUAGCUUUAUUCAGAUAUGUCUACCGAAGCACAAAGUUGUGACCUAGUAAAAUAUGGUCUUUGCUAAUUUGUUUUUCACCUUUUUACCUAUAAUAUUUGUUCUGAUUUCCAGUAUCUCUUUGGCAUGUAUUUUUAAUUUUUUUAGAAUUACUAUAAGGUUCUAUUAAUCUUUAAUACUGAUGUUUGUAGCAUCGUUUUAAACGCGUCUGGUAUUGUAGGGAUUAUAAUCAUCUCAUUUUCAGUAACAGCCAGGUAGA